AGCAGGUAGAGGCACAGCAGUCCCAGGGGAAAGACGGCUCAGUGUCCCGGGAAGAGGCAAUACUCAGAAUUAGGGCUCACCCCUCGGGAAGUUUUACAGGAAUCUCAGGGGAGCCGCCAGUAGGGAUUCCUCCUCUGUAUUGGCAGCUGCAGGGGGGACAGUGUGGGCAGCUGGAUCCUGCUCUCCCUCCGCUAACCCCAGCCUUGGAUUUACAUUGCUCUGUGCUGGAUGGAAGAGAUGCCACAGGGGCCUGCAGUAUGAGGAGCCUGCUCACAGCCGGAUCCCUGUACCUGUGCACCCAGAGGAGCCCCCGUCAUUAACCCUCAGCCAGCAACUCUCAGCCAGCCAUUAACCCUCAAUCAGCCUCCCCAAGUUGUGCCUUUUUCCUGUGCUGAGAGGAGGUGUCCCCCGUGUUAAUGGAGGUCUGCAGUGGGAGGCAGGGAGCAGCCUGUCACCAGAUGAAUGGGAAGAAGCGGUGCUGAGUGGAUCCUUACUCCCAUCACCGGCAGCAUCUGAAGAGCCCGGCCGGGGUAGGGGGAGGACAAUCCCCUGAGAGAGCAGAGGCCCUGCUGUCAUGGGAGGGGGUCCAUGCGGUCCCCUUCCCUGGGGGUAGGGCACGGGGACCCGUUCAGUGACUGGCUGGCAGGCUGCGCUAUGGGUGCCUGCUGCUGGCUGCAGUAUGAGUAGAGCCCGGCUGCAGCUGGCAUCCCUCUGGCUGCUGCUCAUGGUGACUCUGCGGGCCAGGCUGGCGGACUCUGCUAUGGACGACUCGGACAGAGAGCUGGAACAGAAGGCGCUGAUUAAAGUGAACCCCCUGAGGGCGGAGAAAGGGGGCCAGGAGAACCUAACCCUGGAAGGGAUAUUCGCCAGGGUGGCUGAUGUUAGCCCUGCGGAAGGCAGGCUGCUCCAGUUUCACCCACUCUCUUUAUGUAAUACCAGUGAGGACGAUCAAGCAAAACCAGGAUUCAUCUCAAUUGUCAAACUGGAGACCCCAGAUCGAGACCCUCAGCCAUGUUUAUCACUGGCAAAUAAGGCUCGAUUGGCAGGUGAGAGGGGAGCACAUGCAAUACUGUUUGAUAUUAGCAACGAUCGAGAUGCCAAGAACCAGUUACAGCAGCCAGCUGGAUUAAAUCAACCUGUUGUUCUAAUCUGGGGCAAGGAUGCUGAGCAGUUGAUGGAUGUUGUGAACAAAAACAGGGAGGCCCAUGUGAGGAUUGAGGUUGCGGAGCAGCCCAAGUGGCUAGAUCAUGAUGUCUGGAUUCUGCUCACCGUGGUUGGGACAGUCUCGGUCAUUGUGCUGUAUUCCGUUGUCAGAGUCCGCUGCAAGCAAAGGCCACCGCAGGACUCUGUACAGCAGCAAACUUUACAGGCCAUCAGCCGUCUUGGUACUAGAAAGUAUCAGUCACGGGUUUCUCGGGACCAGCGAUUAAACGCUGCACGAAGUGGACGGUUGGAAACAGCCAGCACCAGUAGCUCUGUGCCUGUGUGUGCAGUCUGCCUGGAAGAAUUUGCAGAUGGGCAGGACUUGCGUAUUUUGCCUUGUUGCCAUGAGUACCACUUGGAUUGUGUAGAUACUUGGCUGAAACAAAACCACACCUGUCCUCUCUGUAUGCAUAAUAUACUGGAAAAUGACACCCAACCACGUCCCUCGGCUGUCAGAACUUCUUCACAGCCAAAUUUAUGGAGGCAGUUCCCGGGUACGGCACAUUUUCAACAUCAUUUGCCACCUCUUGGAACGCCAAUGAUACCAGUGGUACCUCCUCACCACAACAAUGGCAUAUUCCUGUCUCGCUCUCCUUACUACUUGGACCCUGGAUAUACCUGGGAAUUGCCAGUGCCUCGCCCGUCCCGCCGUGCUCCAGACUGUAAUGUGGUAAUUACUCCACAAUAUCAAGUUUCCAGUGGGUACUUGCCUGAUGACACAGGCAGUGACAGUAGCUCAGGGCAAUGUUCCUCCAGUGAGAACUGUACAGAUAUCAGUCUACGCUGUUUGCAAGGCUCUUCCUCGUCUUCUUGCCACAGCUCCCAGAGCAACCAGGGGGAUUCGUCUCCACCAGCACUUCCUUCAAUUAUUCUACCUCAGGGAGAACUCCCAGGGUUUAAUACUAUGCUUUCUCCCCAGAGCUCCUAUGCCAGCCAUGUUCAUUUUCACCAACACCGGCAUCACCACUAUAGACGACCUCAGCCCAAUGUUUCCCACAUUAACCCCCACAGACCUAGGCGGAAGCACAGACCACCUAGGGGAGAGUUAAGGACAGAUCCAGGAUUUAAACGGGACCAUAGAACUACAAAAGAGAAUAUUGGAGAGUCAAGAUCCCUUUUGAAUCACAAAGAACCCAGGACUCCAUCAUCAAGAGUUUGUCUUGAUCCUCGGACUGAGGAGGCUAUGAGACCUAGUCACUCCACUCAACUCUCUCAUUCAUCCAUACAAGGUGCAGAUGAUCCUGAAGGAACUUCUUCCUUAAAGGGACCUAGGACUGAACCUCCAAGCAGGAGUCAUCGAAAGAAAAGAUCAACUGCACCUGCACAGCUUCCUCUUUUAUACCACCCAAGCCAUUCCUGUCCAUCCCCUGGAAUCCAGUUCUGUGAAAGAUCUCCGCCUGGGUGCGAUGAAAGGGUUAGACUUGGACAUGGAAGGGUUAGCACACAUCGGGAAAAUGCUGCGAUGAUGCAUCUCUAUCAUCCACCGCAUCACAACCAGGGUACGACUGACGAGAUUGAAGCUGUGUGUGAGCACACCGUGUAACUGCAGGAAAUGUGAACACGUUAGGCAUGACCAAACAGUACAGGCUGUAGUAACUGGGGCUCCUAAGCCUCCCCUGCCUUUUGCCUCUUUCCCAAACUUCUUGAUCCUUCCUCCGUCCCUGAGGUCAUAUUACACUCAACUCAUUCCCAGGCAGAAUCCGUGCAGCUGCUGGAAGGCCCCGGCACAUCUGUGCAGAGCUCUGGCAUAGAGCCUUCCUGUGAUGGGACCUGACGCUUCGGCACUCUGUCUAAACCCAGCAUACUGAUAUCUGCUGCAUCUUUGGGGAAUACACGUCCACAGUCAUUCAGAAGACCCCAUUCAUACUCCUUUGAACCAUCAUUCAGGAACACUUUCUUUAGAAAACCAUGAAAUCUGCUUUGGAGGAAAACGUAACCAGCAUUUAAUUGGGAAAACCUUCUAUUGCCUGUGUAGCAUUUGGAUGUAUAAAGAGGAUAUGCUCCUAUCCUUCAUUUAAACAUUCCAUAUGCAUCAUCCCUGCAAAAGGGUGCACUAAAGGACUCCUAUUGGCAGAUCAUUUGCCAGUGCUAUGUUGGGAUGACUUUGUUAAGCUGAACUGCCUAUCUAAUGAACCAUGUUCUUCUAAUUCACUGGGUGGGUGUUGUUGAUUUGUUGAAAUUUGCACUUAAUUCCAAUCUUUUGAAAAGUUGGGGGAUGGAAUCUUUCUCCCCUAUGGCACUUGAAGGUUUAUCCUUCACAUUGUGCAUUAGUGAAAUAAGUAGGGGGAUUAAUUUGUAAGAAAAUGUUCUCCGCUUUACUGAUCAUUGUGUCAAUUUGUUGCCAAAUUAGUUGUAAUAGUUUAUACAAGUUUGACUUUUUUUUAUAAUCCUUUGAGCGCCAGAGAGGUGAGCAAUGUAUUAAAGGUACUGCUCCCCAACUGUGGCACUCAAUGGGUUACACCUUGUACGUCUAGGGCUUUUACAACAACCAGCAUAUGACAAGGUGGUAGGUGCCAAUCUUGAAUACACUACACUACGGGCUUUUUAAAGAGAUGUCACUUGAAUUGGAAUAUCCAUGAUAUGUUAAGCAUGGACCACCACAAGCCCCAAAUUCAAAUGGUAGAGUAGAUGUCUCUACUGGGGCCUGUGGUCAUGGUCAUUUCUUUGAGCCUAGAUGCAAUGUAUACACUAAAAAAAGAAGAAAUUCUAUGUUCCUUUAUUCCAGUGCCUCACAUGCCACAAUUUGAUUGUAUGCUCUUGUGCCUCAAUUCUGCCUUGUACAGUUAUGUAUAUAAAAACAAAAUAAGCUUUUGUAUAUUUGUAAAAGUAUUAUAUUUAUAAAACAACAUGUUCUUUGAAGAACUAA